UUCACCAAUGGGAUUCCAGCAUGCAUCUUAAUCCAAACUCGAUGCUGACUGGCUGCUCCUUCUGAGUUCACAAUGUGGCCACCCAACAAUGAGUCACGCUUCAUGUUGUGGUACAGUCAUUGGUGCUUGUGCUACCAAGCCACUGUUGGAGAGACAAGGAGGCCAUUGCUGGAGCAUGCACGGCUAUUGCAGUGGUAACAAAAGGAAUUGGAAACCUGCACUCUGACUAGUUGAUGGUAAUUCCCUCCCUCCUCCCAGUCUGAAACCGAACAUGUGGAAAGAAGUAAAAAAAAAGUGUCUUCGUGCUAAGACGAAAGCAGCAGAGGAAACAGCUGCCUCUGAACUCUAUGUGGCGCUCAUGGUGGCCCCUAAAGAUUCUCCAGCCAAAGCUGUCAGUCUUCAGAGUGACGUGGUGUUUGAAGAAAUCGGCCGCCGUAUCAGAGAGGUUGGCAGUCAGCUUGUCACAAAGGUGAACGCCAUCUUCCAGUGGGAUAUCAUGAGCGGGGAGUUGAUGGUGGCCCAGUGGACUCUGGAUCUGAAGACCGGCUCCGGCGAGAUCUACCGAGGACCUUCCCGCCAGCCCGCCCAUGCUGUCUUCACCCUCUCCGAAAAGGACUUCAUGGAGCUCGUCCUGGGCAAGGUCAAGCCGCAGCGGGCUUUCCUGGUGGGCAAGAUCAAGGUGAAAGGCAGCAUUUUGCUCAGCCACCGACUGGAGAUGAUUCUCAAGGACUACAUGAAGUUGUGAGGCAGUCGGCAGCAAGGCGGAAGAUGGCGGGUCCCCUUAUUCUGUGUAGUCGAGAUGUUGUUCAGAGAGGAGAGUGAAAUUAAAAGUAU